AUGAAGAACAGUGGUACGAUAAUGAUCUCUUUUCUCUUGGGAAUCAUUUUGAUCUCGAAUUACAACUUCUCUGAGGCAGCCGGAAGAGAAAUACUCCAAGACUGCAAGCCCAGCGGGACGAUAACCGGCACAAAUCCCCCACCAGGGCAAUGCAACCAAGAACACGACUCGGAUUGCUGCAAAGCAGGGGAGCAAUACAGAACAUACACAUGUUCUCCAUCCAUAACUUCACAAACCAGAGCAACUCUGACAAUAAACAGUUUCGAGAAAGGCGGGGAUGGAGGCGGCCCGUCAGAAUGCGACAACAACUACCAUUCCGACAGCACACCCAUCGUAGCCCUUUCGACAGGAUGGUACAAUGGCGGGAGCAGGUGUUUCAACAACAUCACCAUCAGUUACAAGGAUCGUAGUGUUAGGGCUAUGGUUGUGGACGAAUGCGAUUCGACUAUGGGAUGCGACGACGAUCAUGAUUAUCAGCCGCCUUGUCCUAACAACAUUGUGGAUGGAUCUAAAGCUGUGUGGGAAGCCUUGGGGAUUUCAGACCCUGAUGAUGUUGGUUCCCUUGACAUCACUUGGUCUGAGUGA